AUUUGGAAUUGCUUGGAUUGGCAACGCUCUUAUCUGUCCCUUUCUCUCCUCAUUCCAAACAAAACCACUCUCUCGGCUUCUCCCCCUUCCCCGUGAACAGCUGCAAGCCACCACACGAAAAGCCCAGCUCAGCCACCGUGAGAAACAGCCGCCGUAGUUCAACCUCCGUGAGCCACCGCAUCAGCCGCCGACCGAGCGACAGUACCGUGGAUGAACUCUCUUUAACGCCGCCAGAGAAGCUCCUAGCUCCUCCGUGCCCAGCGGCCACCACUCCAUCUCUGCGCCGCUGUGUGCCACCAGGCCGUCGUCGAGCUCCUCUGCCGUCGGGAGGCCGCCACACCUCGUCCAGCCGUGUAUCACAAGAAUGACGGCAGAAACCGUGAAGCACCACCUCAGCAACACCUCGAGCCACUGCCAAGCUGCACGUUUCCCUCUCUUCGCAGCCGUGAAACACUAGUGCACGCCUGCCUCAGCCCUUAAUCCGUUGGCCAUCGGACACGCACAUGAAUGGACUGCAUGAAAUGAAGAUGACAUGGAGUCCAGAACGAAAUGAGGACGAAGCGUCAGGACGGACAUGGCCCAAGGAAAAUGUGACAGAAACCUAGGCAGAAGAAAAUUCUACCUGUUUAUAGAGACCAGUGAAUCAAUGGAGCACCCGAAUAUGGGUGAUGGGCUUUCUACGUUUUUGAAUUCUGGUAUCUACCAGUUCGAAAACUCGAAUGCAGUUUUCAUCGACCCGGUUCGUGUCAUGAACCGCUCCUACACCCACUUCCAGGUUUCCCCUUCUGCAUACUAUCCUCGUUUCUUUGAAUCCAAAGCCUUGGCUCAAGAAUCUCGGGUUUCAUCUUCUAGUUCUAGAAAGCGAAAGCGGAAGGAGAAGAAACCACACUCUCUCAAUGAUAGAGAAAAGGCUGCCGAACAACGACACCAGGAAGCAAGGCCUUUCUUACUGAAGGCACACAAAUGCUUGCUGAGAGCUACCGCUCUUUUGGAGCUAAUGAGCAAUAUGCGGAGUGAUUCCGAGUCUUUGCAAGAAUGUGGGGACUUGGUAUCGCCCAGUGUUCCACAACAAUCUUUUGUUGAACUGGGACAGGACUGGCAUGCCCCUUUCUAUGAGAUUAUCCUUGAUUUCCAUCAGUAUGAGAAGCUGAAUGUUGACAAAGGGUCAAUGAUAAUGCAAUAUAGUGAACAAAAAGUGCACCCUCUCUUUAAUAACUUAGUUCUGAAUGAGACGGGUGAUGAUGUGGAGGCUGAAUUUCUGAGCAGUCGAUUUGUAAUACCUCGAAAGAGUUGCUUCUUAAUGUCUGAUCUCGAGCAGAUUCACAGCCUGAUUCCUGCUGAGUCUUGUUGUGGCUUCAAUCUUAUAGUGGUCGAUCCACCAUGGGAAAAUGGAAGUGCUCGUCAGAAAUCAAGGUACCCAACUUUGCCGAACCGUUAUUUUCUGUCUCUUCCUAUCAAGCAACUUACGCAUGCAGAUGGAGCACUUGUGGCUUUGUGGGUGACCAAUAGGGAGAAACUGCGUGGUUUUGUUGAGAAAGAGCUAUUUCCUGCCUGGGGAGUUACGCAUGUGGCCACUUUUUAUUGGUUGAAGGUGAAAGCAGAUGGCUCGUUGAUUAAUGAUUUAGACCUCUUUCAUCAUAGGCCAUAUGAAUGUCUUCUAUUGGGCCACUGUCAUAGGGAGGCCAUGGAUUCUGAGUGCCUGUCAAAAUUUAAACCUGUACAACAUAAUCAGAUAAUUAUUAGCAUCCCCGGAGCUUACUCAAGGAAGCCUCCGAUUGGAGGGCUGCUUCCAGAGUAUUUUCCAGGGUUCAAGCCUACUCGAUGUAUAGAACUAUUUGCUAGAGAAAUGACUUCUGGAUGGACUUCUUGGGGGAAUGAACCACUUCACUUUCAAGACUUGAAAUAUUUUAAUAGAAAUGGAUGAUCGGCACAUCUGGACAGAGGCUUCUUAGGUGGAAACAACUUAUGGGGCCUCGAAUUGGCAUAGUUCUUUUAGAAUGGUUAAUAAAAAUAGGAUCCAUAAAAUUUUAGCUUGUUUUGUGAUAUUUAUAUUUUUUUGAUUUGUUAUUAUUUGGUUUAUGGGAAACCUCAAAUUUAGGUCAGGCAUAAGAGAAGCUUGAGAGCAUAGUGGCUGUUUUGUUGCUUAGCCGCCUUUGCAACGUAAAUAUAAGGGUAGUGCUACUAUGUCACUCAAGGUUGUCCA